UAAGCGUUUACUGGUGCUCUAACUCUGCGUUGUUUGUGGUUCUGUACAUUUGCAGAUAUUCUUGGCGUGGGAAAAUGAGGCCGUGUCUGUCGACUGCCACUGCCUAUGCCAUCGUCCCCUCCUACUCUUGCCGUUUUCAUGUACCUCUCUCUCUUAAUAAUUUCUCAUUUUCCACACCUUCCCCUUCUCCAUCAUGUAUAUCUACUUCCAUCAAGUCUACCCAUCAAUUUCUAUACAAUAGCAGCAGCGUCUUCAGGAAGAGGAUUAUUUUCACUGGUUUUGAAGCAGAUUCGAAGAAUAUUGUCAAAUGCACCGGCGGCACAAACAUCGAAUUUGAAGAAAAGGAGAAUGAACAGGAAGCCGUUGAUUUUGAUUGUCUUGGGACAGGGCAGGAUGUCUCCCCUUCCUCCUCCACAUCCAAUUUUGAAGAAACGGUUGCUCUGCCAGACGAUAAUUCGGUAGCACUGGGAGCAGUGUGGGAAUGGGCGGUGUUGGUGUCUCCCUUCUUCUUUUGGGGCACGGCCAUGGUGGCCAUGAAAGAAGUCAUUCCAAAGUAUGGCCCUUUCUUCGUUUCCUCUUUCCGCCUCAUUCCCGCCGGCUUUCUCCUGAUAGCAUUCGCCGCUUCACGUAAUCGCCCCUCCCCCUCUGGACUCACCGCUUGGCUUUCCAUCUCUCUUUUCGCGCUCGUCGAUGCCACCUGUUUCCAGGGUUUUCUUGCUGAAGGGUUACAAAAGACGUCGGCCGGUCUGGGUAGUGUGAUAAUUGACUCUCAACCUUUAACAGUGGCUAUACUCGCAGCGUUGUUAUUUGGUGAGUCCAUUGGGUUUGUUGGAGCUGCGGGGCUUGUACUCGGUGUAAUAGGACUCUUACUCCUUGAGGUACCUGCACUCACUUUUGAUAAGAGUAACUUUUCCCUGUGGGGAAGUGGGGAGUGGUGGAUGCUUCUUGCUGCUCAGAGCAUGGCAGUUGGCACAGUCAUGGUCCGCUGGGUUUCGAAUUAUUCAGAUCCUGUCAUGGCAACUGGAUGGCAUAUGGUUAUCGGUGGUAUCCCUCUUGUGAUAUUCUCCAUUCUUAAUCACGAUCCUGCUGCCAAUGGGAUUCUCAAGGAGUUCACUGCUCCCGAUGUGCUGGCACUCCUGUAUACCUCCAUUUUCGGAAGUGCUGUUAGUUAUGGUGUAUACUUCUAUAGCGCAACAAAAGGUAGCUUGACAAAGCUGAGCUCCCUUACCUUUCUAACCCCAAUGUUUGCGUCAAUUUUUGGGUUUAUAUAUCUCGGUGAGACCUUCUCGCCCUUCCAACUAGUUGGGGCGGUUGUUACCUUGGCUGCAAUAUACAUGGUUAACUACAGGAAUGUUGUGGAAUGAAUCGUUUGACCCAUAUGGAUCGCUUUAACAUGGUAACAAAAUGAAAGCAAGACUCAUUCGGAAGCUAGCUCUGGACUCUCAUGACUUGGUAUGGAGAUGUAUACGCGCGCACACUUGGAUACAGACUUAAACCAUGCAUGCUGCAGGACAUUACUAUAAAUACGGGCUUCAGUUAUUUUUGUCAAUUUGCUAAGCUUAGUGAGGUUCUUAAAGAUUGGAGCUCAAGCUAUUAUGUCUGAGCAACAGUAUCAUGGUAGAUUGCUCAUUGAAACCUAACUCAGCUCUAAGCCCUCCAUGGGGAUCAGUCAAUUUGUGUAACAGUAUCAUGGUAGAUUCCUUGGGAGAAAUUGUAAGGUUGAGGGUCAAAUAUUCCUUCGAAUUAUUUGUACCAUAUAUGUGUUGAAGGUCAAGGUAUGUUAGAGCUCUCUA